UUAUUUCUCUUCUUCUUCCUUCCACAAAUAAAACCGGGAGGGUCAGAGUGAGAUUGGGGUGAGAGGGAGUAAAAUAGAAAUCAAUGCUCUGGUGAGAAACUAACUGGAGAAAGGGGUUAUAGAGGUUGACGUUAAAGGCGCCUUAUUGGAGGCGGAAUCCGAGAUUGGGGAGAGUAAUUUUAGGUUUUCGAGUGUCUAUGGUGAGGGUAUCGGUGAAACCUAUAAAAGGAGCCAUAGGGGUAAGGGUAGAGCACGAAACAACAAGUGCUUUAGCAUCUAAGAGUGACUGAGAGAGUAAGGGUGCGAGUUGAGCGUGGGAGAGCGAAACAAACUUGACGAAAGGGGGAGAAGAUGAAUUCAGUGAGGAAGGAACGACCAAGCUUUUGAGCUAUGGAAGACAAUACAUGGGGAUGUUCUUCAAGUGAAGAUGGUGAUGACGAGGUCUAUUUCCAAAAUGCAAGUGAUGAAGAGGAGCUCGGCUUUUCAUCUGGUUCUAUACCUAAGUUGCAGUUCAGGAACGUGAAAUCCAAAAGCAUUUGGAAUGAAGAAAUGGGAAUGGGAGAAGUCAUUGAGAAAAAUGGAAAAAUGUGGAUAACAACUGGAAUAGUUCGUAGUGGCAAGAUUUAUUCUUCAAUUGAGGAGACUUUGUAUCUUAUGGAACUAGGAGCCUUACAGCUAUUAGAAAGUAGUGGUAGAAGCAUAUCUCUCGCAGAAAUGUAUGAAAAGGUUGCUGGCGGGAAGAGUGGAUGUUGUUGGGAGCUGUUUGAGGUUUACAGGCACCUCAAGUCUCUUGGUUACAUAAUUGUGCGGCAUGGUGUUCUUUGGAGUUUGAAGAGUAUUAAAAGUUCCCAUAGACCUGCUGCUCUUGAAAUAGCAGAAGAAAGCAAAGAACUAAUAGACAUGGGCUCUGUCCAAAGAUUAUUUUCUGAGUUGCGAGUAAAUGAUUUGAGGCCAGAUUUUGAUGUUUAUCUUCCGAACAGCCGAUUUAGAAAGUCUUCCCCUGGUGAUCCAAGUUUUUUACUGUACUUAUCUAGGGGUCAUCCACCGUCUAGAACAGAGAUUGAAGUCCUUGAGAAGCAAUGUGGUGGCAUUCCUUUGAAAAUCUGCCUGGUCACGGAGGGAAGGGUCAGUUUCUUUUCCUUUGACAAGGUGGAUCUUUCUGUUCUACCCUGAAGUUCUGGUACCAACGCUUCUACUCUGAGCUGGGGGCAAAGGAAACUAAGGGGUGUAACAAGAGAAUGGGUUUGUUGUAAAGUUAUAGCUUAUUAUAGGAUCCAAUGUAGAAUG